AGAUUGCAAACAAACAAUUUUGGGCAUUGAUAACAUAGAUUUAAUUAGCUUCGUUAACUUUACAAACGCGUGUUUGCUGUUUCCUCUGCUGUUUACCUUGAACAUAAUUGCUAGACUUCAAUCAUGGAUUUUAGCUUUUAUUCGCAGCAAGGUGUCCUUGGAUCAUUACCUGAAGAUAAAAGAAAUUAUGUACCAAUCGAUAACAAUUUUGAAAUUGGAGAUUUACCAGUCAAACUUGAACUAAGAUAUGCUAUUGAAGCAAAAAGAGCUGAAAAAGGACUGGAUAUGCCUGUUAUCGAAAAACUUCCAAGAGUCUCAAGAGAGCUAACAAUGGAAGAAGAGGAACGAAGAAGAGUGAGAAGAGAAAGAAACAAGGUUGCAGCAUUAAGAUGUCGUGUAAAAAGAAAAUCGCAUGUUACAAAACUUAUAGAGGAAACAGAUGACUUACACAAGGCAAAUAACCAGCUAGAAAACAUUAUCGAGCGUUUGGAAUUAGAAAAGCAUAAACUUGAAGAGGCUAUACGACUUCACUCCUGUAAAUCAAUAAAAUUAUGUGGUUAUGAUAAAUGAAGGUUAGAAACGUUCUUAAAAUUCGACAGCCGUAUUAUUAGACCUUUUUUUGUAAAUACCUAAUUUAAUUAUAUAUUUGUAAAAUGAGAUAUAACUUUUUUAAAAUUAUUAAAGAUAAUUUCUAAAACUAAAAGGAUUAAUAUUUUUCUAAAACUUUAAUUAUUUAAUUUUUUUUACACAUUUUCUAAAACUUUUUUACAAUUUUUUUUUACACAUUUUCUAAAUUUUAUGAAAACCAAAGUUUGAGAUUCUGAAUAAAAAAAAAAAAAAAAAGAGGAAAAAUUAAUUACAAAAAGUAAUUUCUUAAAAAAAAUCUUUAACAGCAAGUAUAAAGAAUUUUAGCUUGAUAAUUAAAUAAUUUCGCUUAUACAAAACUGACAUUUCACAAAGACAUUUUUUCACUGUUUCACUUUAUUUAUAAUACAUACUGAUUUGCAAAUUGCAAAAUUUUUUUUAUAUCACCUUGAAUUCAGUCAGAUCAGAUAAAAAUUGCAGAAAAACAGAAAAUUCAUUUUAAUUCCACUGCAUAAAAAUAUAUUUAAUCAUCACGUGACUACUGAACAGAUCAAACUUUAGACUGCAGGACAAAUAUUGUACAGAAUAGUGACAAAUAUUAUACCUCAACAACAAUAAAAACAGCAAUAACAGCAUUUAAACUAAUUACAACAAUUAACAUACUAAUAAUUUAAAACAUCAAACUUAUAUGCAAAAACUCUGGUAUAAAAUACAAAAAACUUAUAAAAUAAAAUACAACCCAAAAAAAAUUUACUAAAGUCAACGCAACGUUAAGAUACAAAACUAAUUUCAAUAACAAUAAUGACUUUUACAAUGUAUAUAUUAUGUAAGAUAGAUGUAAUGGGGAAACAUUAGUUUAACUAUACAAACUUUAUUGUUAUUGAUAAUAAUAAAAUAACUUAAUUUCAUAAUUAUUAUUUCAUAUAUUAUUUAGCUUAACAAUUGUAAUUUAAAAUAAAAGAAUAUAUAACAACGAUAAAAAAGCAAAUUAAAGUAAUAGUAAUUUUAUAAUGUACAAUUAACAGAACAAUCUGACGAACAAAAGAAAUAAUUAACAGAACAAUCUGACAAACAAAAGAAACAAUUAACAGAACAGUCUGACAAACAAAAGAAACAAUUAACAGAACAGUCUGACAAACAAAAGAAACAAUUAACAGAACAACCUCGCAAACAAAAGGAACAAUUAACAGAACAAUCUUACGAAAGAACAAUUAACAGAACAAAAAGAAUUAAUAGAACAGUUUGACAAACAAAUGAAACAAUUGAGCAAUGUAACAUCUGACAAACAAACAAAAAAUCAGACAAACAAACAAAAAGUAAACAGAGCGACAGAAUUUAAUUUACAGAAAAGUUUGAGUUUACAAACUGGUUAUUUUAAACAUUAUUCACAAUAGACAGUCUGACUUAACAACUUAAUGCUUAACAAAACGAUUUUAAAAGAAUUCCUACAUCAAAAUAAAGUUUAAUUAACAACUUGUUACUAAACAGAGCUGCAAACCACAAUUGACAUAAAGUGUUUACAAAAUAUAAUAUAAUCUGACAAGCCAUUAUACAAAAUACAACUCACAUAACAAUUUAAUAUAAAACAGAAUUGAAAUAAACAAUUAGCAGAACAGUCUAACGUAAAAAUAUUUUAAGUAAAUAAUUAGAAAAACAACCUGACUUUCAUUUGUAUAAAAACAUUUAUCAUUAUUAUUAUUACAUUUACAAAGUACAAAUAAAGAAUCUAAAACAAUAAUUUACAAAGUACAUCUAAUACAAUCGGACGAUCAAAACGCAAAAAAACUAUUGUGUACUUAACAAAACAGACUGACAGUUUACAAACAGUUUAUAAGAAGGCAGAUUGAUAAGUUAUAUAAAACAAUUACUUAACAUAACAGUUUGAUAUUUAAACAGUUACAAACUAUAUUUAACAGAACAGUUUGACAACGAACUGUUAAAAUAACAUUGAUAAAAAGAUGUUUAACAUAACAGUCACUAAUACAUUCUGACAUAUUUUAUUGUGAAAUAUAUCAUUCUGGUAUAUUUCACUCUACAACUAAUAGAACAGUUCAACAGCAAAUCAUUAUUUAAAACAAAACAUAAAAGUUUGAGAUUUAACAGUUGCAAAUUAAAAUUAAUAAAACAAUAAAUAAACAAGAACAGUUUGUUACAAAAUUUUCAAAUAAUUACUUAUAAACCAGCCCAACAAGUUGUUACAUAAAAUACAGUUAAAAUGACAACUUACAGAACAGCCCAACAACUAGUUACUACAUAAAAUACAGUUAAAAUGACAACUUACAGAACAAUCCAACAACAAGUUAUUACGUAAAAUACAGUUAAAAUGACAACUUACAGAACAGCCCAACAACAAGUUACUACAUAAAAUACAGUUAAAAUGACAACUUACAGAACAGCCCAACAACAAGUUACUUCAUAAAAUACAAUUAAAAUGACAACUUACUGAACAAUCCAACAACAAGUUAUUACGUAAAAUACAGUUAAAAUGACAACUUACAGAACAGCCCAACAACAAGUUACUACAUAAAAUACAGUUAAAAUGACAACUUACAGAACAGCCCAACAACAAGUUACUUCAUAAAAUACAAUUUAAAUGACAACUUACUGAACAGCCCAACAACAAGUUACUACAUAAGGUACAAUUAAAAUGACAAUUUACAAAACAACCCAACAACAAGUUGUUACAUAAAGUACAGUUAAAAUGACAAUCUACAAAUCAGACUAAAAACAAGUUGUUACAUAAAGUACAGUUAAAAUGACAACUUACAAAACAACCCAAUAACAAAAAGUUACAUAAAAUACAGUUAAAAUGACAACCUAAAAAUUAGACUAAAAAAAAUUUAUUAUAUAAAGUAAAGUUAAAAUGACAACUUACAGAAAAGACUAAUAACAAGUUGUUACAUAAAGUACAGUUAAAUGACAACUUACAGAAUAGCUCAUUAAGUUGUUACGGAACAAUGACAAUGAAAAUUUUACUUUAAACAAACUUAUUUAUAAUUUUACUUCAGAACUGCCUGACCUACAAAGUGUUUACAAGGAAUUAAUAGCAAAAUUUGAUAAGUCACUAUACAAAUUACAGCUUAUACAAGAAAAGUGAUAAUAUUCAGAGUUACAAACUUAAACUAACAGAAACUGUUAAUUCAAGUUUAACAACUUUACAAACUGCAAACAACAACAAAAUCUGUUGUUAUUAAACAAUACUAAACAGGAUAGACAUAAAUAUAACAACCUGAUACCACAAAAGGUUACUAACUACAAUUCAGAAAACAACCAUUACUACUAACAGAACAAAACAGAAAACUGCCAUUACUAUUAACAGAACAAAAAGUUAUUUUACAGGAACAAAAAUCAGAAUCCGAUACAACACAGAAUUACUAUCUACAAUUCAAAAACUGUCAUUACAAUUAACAGAACAAAACAUUAUUUUACAGCAACAAAAAUAACAAUCUGGUACCACACAGAGUUACUAAUUAUAAUUCAGAAAACUGUCAUUACAAUUAACAGAACUAUAAGUCAUUUUAAAACAAGAAACAUAUCAAUCUGAUACCACACAGAGUUACUAACUACAAUUCAUAAAACUGUCAUUCCAAUUAACAGAACAACAAGCCAUUUUAAACAACAAAAACAACAAUCUAAUUCCACACAGAAUUUACUAACUACAAUUCAAAAACUGUCAUUACAAUUAACAGAACAAAACAUUAUUUUACAGCAACAAAAAUAACAAUCUGAUACCACACAGAGUUACUAACUACAAUUCAAAAAACUGUAAUUACAAUUAACAGAACAAAAAGUCAUUUUAAAACAACAAAAAUAUCAAUCUGAUUUCACACUGAGUUAAUAACUACAAUUCAGAAAACUGUCAUUACAAUUAACAGAACAACAAGUCAUUUUAAAACAACAAACGUGACAAUCUGAUACCACACAGAGUUACUAACUACAAUUCAGAAAAAUGACAUUAAAAUUAACAGAACAACAACUUAAUUUAAAACAGCAAACAUGACAAUCUGAUAUCACACCAAGUUACUACAUUUCAGAAAACUGUCAUAACAAUUAACAGAAUAACAAGUCAUUUUUAAACAGCAAACGUGACAAUCUAAUAACACACAAAGUUACUUACUACAAUUCGGAAAAUUGUCAUUACAAUUAACAGAACAAUAAGUCAUUUAAAAAACAACAACAAGAAAAACAGCUGACAUAAUAUUUUGAUAUUAUACAAAGUAUCAAUCUGCCAUAUUAAAUCUACAAAAAGUUAAAAAUUACAAUUAAGAAGACUAAUUAAAGAAAUAUAGCAACAAUUUGCAAAACAAAAAAUUUACUUUACAGACUUAACAUGUUUUUGACAAUUUACAUAAAUUAAUAUAAUUUAACAUAUUUAUCAAACUUAUGAAACAAAAUUUACAAAACUACUAAUUUUACAGAAUAAAAAAAAACAACAUAUUCCUGAUAACUACAUAAAAAAAAAAAAAAUAUUCUGAUAAACCUGAUAUUGGGUAUAUUUACAAUCUAAAAACUACAAAAACAACAAAAAGAAAUCCCAAUAUACAAAAUACAACAAUUAAAACAAUACAAAUCUUGUAAACAUAAAUACUACUAAAAAAAACUACAGAUAACAGAACAUUUAAAUGUAUUUAGGUACAAAAAAAAAUAUUAAGUAUAAGAAUAUUGUUACGAAUAUAUUGUAAUAAAUAAUUAUUAAUAAUAAAAAUCUAGUAUAAAACAGGUAUAAUUACAGUAACUUAACAAAAAAAACAAUCAGACAAAAAUAUAUAUUAAGUAUAACAACUGACAAAACAAUCUGACAAAUACCCAAAAGAAAAAUAACCAAAAAAAAACUAAAUAGUCAACAGAACAACCAGACAUGAAACAUAUUAGAUUGUAUUGUCAAUUACAAUUGACAAUGCAAUCUAAAAACAAAUUACAAAACAAAUUAUCUACAACAAUUACGAAAACCUAAUAACAUAAAUAAAAAAGACUACAAACGGCAGUUAAUAGAACAAUCUAAUCAAUAAACAGAUUAUACUAUUUAAAAAAAAACUGGCCGACAAAAAACAAUAUACAGCAAAAACAAAACAAUAUGACAUAAAAUAUAUACGUACGACAAAACAACCCUACUUAAAGUCGACUUACUGUAGCAAUUAACAGCAACUAAUACAACAAUUUGACAUAAAACAAAAACAAAACUAAACAAAUAACACACUGCAAGUGCCUGGACAAUCUGACCUAAAAUAGAUGUACUACAUACCACAAGUAAUGAAACAAUCUGACCUUAAUUAAAUUUUAAAUUAAAAAAAAAAUAAAAACACUGUGACUUAAAAUAAAUUACAUAACACAAGUAACAAAACACUGUGACUUGAAACAAAUCAAAUAUUACAAGUAUCAAAAAACUGUGACUUAAAAUAAAUUAAAUAUUACAAGUAUCAAAACACUGUGACUUAAAAUAAAUUACAUAUUACAACUAACAAAACAAUCUGACUUAAAACAAAAAAGUAUUACAAGUAUUAAACUGCAACAUAAAACAAAAUACAUAUCGCAAGUAACAAAACACUGUGAUUUAAAAUAAAUCAAAUAAUACAAGUAACAAAUUACAUAUUACAAGUAAUAAAACAACUUACAUAUUACAAGUAACAGAACUAAAACAAACAAAACUAACACAUGUGACCUAAAAUAAAUUUUAUACCAAAAUUGUGACAAAACAAUUAACAAAUUAAAGACGACAUAACACAACUAAGAGAAAAAUGACACAACCUGACCAAAACAAAUUUAAUACCACAAAUAACAGAACAAUUUAACCUGAAAAAUCAUACUACAAGUAAUAGAAGAAUUAGAUCUAAAACAGAACAUAUCUCAAAAGUAAUAGAACAAUAAGUUAUAAAGAAACUAAAUACCACAGAAAGAAAUUACAUACCAAAAGUAACGAAACAAUCUAAUAUAAAACAAACUUAAUACCACAAAUAACAUUUUUAUCUAAAACCAAUUAAACGUAAAACAAGUUUAAUACCACAAAUAACAGAAAAACCUGACAUAAAACUGAUUACAUAACACCAAUAACAGAACAAUAUGACUUAAAACGUACUUAAUACCACAAGUAACAAAACCAUUUGACCUACACAAAUAAGAGAACAUUUUUACUUAAACAGAUUACCAACUACAAGUAAUAGAAUGUUCUGUCAUAAAAUAGAUUACAUACAACAAGUGACGGAACAUUAUGAUUUAAAAGAAAGUAAUAUGACAAUAAACAAAACAAUUAGAUGUAAAACAAUUUAUAGGACAAAUAACAGAACAGUCUGACAUAAAACAUUAUAUACCACAAGGAACCAAACAAUUUAUAUUAAAAAACAAACAAAUACAUAACACAAUAGAACAAUCUAAAUAAACUUACUACAACAAAUAACUGAACAAUUUAAACUAAAUUAAUUACAUAUUACGAAUAACAGAACAUUUUUACCUAAGCAGACUAGUAACAGAACAGUUUGACCUAAAACAAAUUUAAUACAACAAGUAACAGAACAAUCUGUCGUAAAACAUUACAUAACACAUAUUACAUAUUACAAAGUGACAGAACAAUAUGACUUAAAACAUUUUUAAUACCAUAAGUAACAAAACAAUUUGACCUAAAUAAAUUAUGUACCACAAACAAGAAAACAUUUUUACUUAAACAGAUUACCAACUACAAGGACAAUCUGACAGAAAACAGAUUACCAAUUACAAGUAACAGUAAAAUUUUACCCUUAAAACAAACUUAAUGCAACAAUUAACAGAACAAUCUGAAAUAAAACAGAUUACAUACUACAAGUAAUAGAACAAUCUGAAAAAGUUAAUAUUAGAAUUAACAAGAUUUUUUUGUAAAACAAAAUACAUACCACAAGUAACAGAGCGAUUUGAUCUAAACGCGUCAAGUAGGACAAUUAGAUCUAAAGAAAUACCAUAAUUAAGGGAUCAUUUUUACCUAAAUAGACUAUUAGUGGCAAAAUAAUUGACCUAAAACAGAUUAAAUACUUAAUAAAACAGAUUACAUACUUAAUAAAAUAGAUUACAUACUUAAUAAAACAGAUUACAUAAUAUAACAGAUUACAUACUUAAUAAAACAGAUUAAAUACUUAAUAAAACAGAUUACAUACUUAAUAACACAGAUUAAAUACUUAAUAAAACAGAUUACAUACUUAAUAAAACAGAUUACAUACUUAAUAAAACAGAUUACAUACUUGAUAAAAUAGAACAUACUAACCUAAAACAAAUUUAACAUCAGAAGAAGCAAAACAACUUGACAUAAAACAAACUAUAUACCACACUUAACAGAACAAUCUGACCUAAAACAAAUUAAAUAUUAUGUGUAAUAAAACAAUUUGACCCACAACAGAUUAUAUACCAAAAGUAACAUAACAGUUUAUACUAAAACAAAGUACAUGCCACAAGCAACAUAACAUUUUUACCUAAAACAAAUUUAAUACCACAGGCGACAAAACAAUUUGACAUAAAACAGAUUAUGUUACAAGUAACAAAACAAUCUGACCUAAAACAAAUUUAAUAUGAUACAUAAUAAAACAAUCUGAUCGAAAACAGAUUACCUAUCACUAUUAACAAAACAAAUUUUGUUCAAACAUAAAACAUACUACUGGUAACAAGAACAAUCCGACCUAAAACAGAAAAAAUACCACAAGUAAUAAAACAAUUUGACCUAAAACAAAUUUAAUACCCUAAGUAACAAAACAAUCUGUCAUAAAUAAAUUACAUACCAAAAAUAACAAUUUUUACUUAACACACAUUACCUACAAAUAACAGAACAAUUUGACAUAAAACAAAUACACUACAUAUCACAAAUAACAGAACAUUUUUACCUAAAAAGAUCAUCUACCACAAGUAAUAGAACAAUCUGACCUAAAACAAAUUUAAUACCAUAAAUAAUAGAACAACCCGACAUUAGGCAGACAAUAUAACACUAUAAACAAAAAAAUCUGACCCAAAACAAAUUUAUUGCCACAAGUAACAAAAAUAAUUUGACUGAAAACUUAUUACAUACUAUAAGUAACAAAACAAUCUGACCUAAAACAAACUCAUCUCCACAAAUAACAGAAUAAUCUGACAUAAAACAGAACAAUCUGAAAUAAAUUACAGAACAUCAAAUAACUUGAAUAACAUAACAAUCUGAAACAAAUUACAGAACAUCUUAGACAUUAUGGUUCAUUUAACAAUCUGAAACAAAUCAUCAAACAAUUUACAUAUCAUUAACAAACUUGUUACUAAACAAAAUACACUAAUAAACAGAAUAUAACAUAGUCACAACAAACAGAUAAAUACUGUCAAAAGCAGAUUAUAAAGCGCAUUUAACAAAAAAACAUUUUAAAAUCUGUGACUAAAGAGAUUGCAUAAAAUGAUAUACAAAACAUGUGCAUUGAAAUACUGUAAAACUAGACAUUAAAAAGAUUACAUUUCACAAUCUUCAAGAUAUAACAAGAUUAAGAAGAGAUAUAACAAGAUAAUAGGAAUAUUUACAAGACAAACUGAGAAAAAACUAAUCUCAUACUGUGAGUAAUAGUACAAUCUGGCUUUGUUUGAGUCAGAUUUUACAUAUUGAUUUCCAGAAGUCUGAAUAUAUUAGGUAACAACUAUGACAGAAAAAAUUACAGAAUAAUAUAAAAUUACAGAAUACGAUUAACAUAACAACCUCACACAACACAGAUUAUACAUUGCAAUAACAGAGUUAAAACAAAUUGUAUAACACAGAACAAUUCUGUAAAAAUCUGACAUAUAGUAUAUACCACAUAAGUAAAAAAGCUUUUUUAUAACAAAAAAAAAAGUACAAAAACCUGACAAUGAAUACAUACUGACUAACAGAUUAGAUAUAAAAACAGAUAACAAUACAGACUACAAAAUUUCUGAUAUAAACUAGAUUACAUAUUAAAAUUAUUAGAGCCACCUUAUAUGAAACAAUUCGCUGAAGCAAUUAGCAGAACAGACUGACGCUAAACAAAUGAUAUUUCACAAGUUGACAAAAAACAGAUUACAUAUAUCCAUUUAAAGAGAAAUAUGACAAAAAAGAAUACAAAAUACAACCAACAAAACAAUCUGACACUAAACAAAAGAUACAUCACAAUUAACAAUUAGACAUAAAACAAAUCACAUAUCUUAAUUUACAAAGAAAUAUAACACAAAAAGAUUACAAAAUACAAUGAAUAGAACAAUCAGACAAAUGAGGAUAAAAGACAUUUUAUCCUCAUUUAACAAUUUGACAUUAGAUAUUACAAAAAAAUUUUAAUUGUAAUAUGUAAUUUGUUAUAAAAAAAACAAAUUACAUAUUACAAUUAAAAAAAAAACAGAACAAAAGAUAGAUUAACUAGCUCAAUUUACAGAACAACUUGACACAGACUUGAUAUCCUAGUUAACAGACAAAAUUAAAAAAUAAAAAAUAAAUUAAAACAAAACAAAAAACAACAAUUAGCAAAACUAUCUGUCGCUAAACAAAUUUUUUUUUUCAAUUCUCAUAAGAAAUCAAAAACACAUACUAAAUUUGAAAAUUGCUUUAAAACAGUAGUUUUCAAUUGUGGCAUUUAGUCUAGUUUAGUAAACUAUUAUUACUAUAUAAAUACAAAUAAUAGUUAAACAACCUGACUUUAGGUGUAAUAAUUAAAAAUAUCUACUAAAAUUAAAAAGAUGACUUGACAUGAAAUUGAACAUCAAUUUCCAGGACAAUUUCUUAAUUAAAAGAACAAUCUAACUAAAAGCUAAUUUUCAUAAUAAAAACAAAAAUUUAACACAAAACAGACAAGAUACAUUAAAUAACAAAACAAUAACUACUGCAAUAUAACAAACACAAGUACAAUCAACAGAACAUAAAACGGAUGUGCAGCAGAACAAUUUAAAUGAAAGUAAAUUAAUAAAAUUAACAAAACAGAUAGAGUGUAGCAAUCAAUAAAAAAAACUGCAUAACAAUUAAAACAGAUUAUGUACAACAGCACAACAACUUGACAAAACAAAUUACACUAAUGACUAACAGAACAAUCUUACAUAAAACUAACAGAACAACUAACUAAAACAACUAACAAAACAAUCUUACGUAAAACAGAUUAUGUAAAAUAAACGACACAACAAUUUGACAUAACAUGGCAUAAAACAAAAUAAGUAAACCUAAUAAUUAUAUUUAAUAUAAACUAUAUAUCUAUAAGUAAAUCCUAUAAUUAUAAAAUUAACAAAAUGAUCCUGACAAAAGAUUAGAUACAGCAGAUAACUUUGAUCAAACAUUAGAUAUGACAAUUAACAGAUUAUUACUUUAUAUAUUAUACUAUUUAUAUAUAAAUUUAGUCAUAUACAACUUGAUUACAUGCAGCAAUAAACAUAACUAGCAUUAAUUAACAAGUUAGAUCAUCAAGUUAGAAACAUCACUUACUUGUUAGAAUUAAAGAAAAUAUUUGACAAAAAAAUUGUACAACACUUAUUAGAAAAAUCCAAUCGUAGAUUUUGUUUGAAUCUUAAAAUAAAUUUAUGACAAUUAACAUUAUAAAGUAUUUAUACAUAAGAUAGUAAUUAAAAAAAGAAGAACUAAACGACUUCACAAUCAAAAUGAACAACAGAAUAAUUUCACAUAAACAGACUACAUAACACAAUUUCAAACAGAAUUAUUCACAAUAAUUAACAAAACUUUGUCACAAUUAACAAAACAGUAUGACAUUAAGUAAUAAUAUGUGCCCAGCAUUUAACACGACAGUAUGACAUAAAAUAAUACUGUGUACCACAUUUAAUAUAACAUGAUAUCAAACAAAACAGUGUACCACACUUAACAUAACAGUAUGAUAUUAAACAAUACUGUCUACCACAUUUAAUAUAACAGUGUGACAUUAAACAAUACUGACUACCACAUUUAACAUAACAGUAUGACAUUAAACAGUACUGUGUACCAAAUCUAACAAAACAGUAUGACAAUAAACAAUACUGUGUACCAUAUUUAACAUAACAGUAUGACAUUAAACAAUACUGUCUACCACAUUUAA